UCCAACUCAUUCGAAACAACAAUCACACUCACCGUCGAUUACCCGCCAUUGACAUUCUCGAACAUCAACCGAGACAUUCGCACCCAACCGAGACAUCUCACUCACGUAAAUCACACAAAAGACAUUAUACAAACGUCGCACAUCGACUGCAAAAUCGAAAGUCAGCGAACAGGGCGCAUCAUAUUUGAUCACAUACGGCUGGGCUUGCAGCGUUGCGUUCAGGCCAACCUCAAGGUCUCCAACGUCGCAAGCCUGCGUCUGGCGGAGUCAAAAUGAUUCCAAUACCAAAACCAGAAGAUUACAAUGUCUCUUCGGAGAACGGAUUUUUGCCUACGGAAGCGCCUCUUGAGCGCCUGCCCGACGCAUACUAUGGACCAUGGGAAUAUGUUGUGAACAAUCUGCAAGGUCUGGUCCUCAGUAAGAGACUGCGAGAGACUAUAAAUAAGAUGGAAGUGCUCUCGACCGAGCGACUGUUUGGGGAGGCUCAAUGGCGUCGGGCAUACAGCGUGCUUGCAUUCAUUGCACAUGCAUACAUUUGGGGAGACGACAAGCCUGCUGAAAGGGUGCCGCCACCGGUCACCAUACCAUUCUUGCAGACAUGUGCUCACCUUGAGCUUCCACCAGUCGCUACCUAUGCCGGGCUCGUGCUCUGGAACUGGAAGCCGAUUUUCGAUGCUGAACGUGCCGACACUCUGGCAAACCUCGACACCAUCAAUACUUUUACUGGCUCGCUUGAUGAGAAAUGGUUCUACUUGAUUAGUACCGCUGUCGAAUCCAGAGGUGGUCCUCUUAUUCCCCUGAUGCUGAAAGCUGUCGAAGCUGCGAAUCACAACGAUCGCAAUACCGUCACCGAAUGCCUCAAGCAAUUCGCAGAACGCCUUGAUGAGCUUGGAAUGACAUUGUCUCGAAUGUAUGAAAAUUGCGAUCCGCAUGUCUUCUACCAUCGCAUCAGGCCCUUCCUGGCAGGAAGUAAAAACAUGUCCGAUGCUGGUCUCCCGAAUGGUGUGAUCUUCGACAAUGGAGGUCCAAUCAACAAGCAACGCUACGUGCAGUUUAGUGGCGGCAGCAAUGCUCAGUCAAGCAUCAUCCAGUUCUUCGAUAUUGUUCUCAAUGUCAAGCAUCGGCCCACGGGAAGCAAGGCCGACUCAGUAGUGGCUGAGAAGGAGAACUCAGCGCCAGCGCCAAAUUUCAUUCAUGACAUGCGCAAGUAUAUGCCAGGCCCUCACGCUCGCUUCCUGGAAGCGGUGCAACGUGUGGCGAAUGUUCGUGCCUUCGUUGAAGAGCACCAGUACGACCAGGCCCUGCAGACAGCGUUUGAUGCUUGCAUUGCUGUCCUCUCCGACUUCAGAGAUCGACACAUUCAGAUGGUCACUCGCUACAUCAUCAUCAAGAGCCGAGAGGCCAAGAGUGCUGAGAGCGAGAAGGAUGUUGAGAUGACGUCGAAGAAGAUAAACCUUGCCAUGCGUCCAAAAGAUGAGAAGGAAGGCGAGCAGAGCAAGAGGGAUCUGAAGGGCACUGGGGGCACUUCACUCAUUCCGUUCUUGCGUCAGGCACGAGAUGAGACCAACGAGCCGGCGGUGGAGGCAUGGACUCGUCGCAUUCUCAACAAGCGGCGCGGGAUCGUCGCAAAGGAUGAGCAUGGCGAGGUCAUGCAAGGCAUCUCAACUGUUUGGACGAUGGACACAGGAAAUGCACUUUGCUAUUCAUAGACUCGCCUGUGGCGCUGCGAAGCACUGCACUUAUUGGUUUGCAUAUCUGACAUGAUGAUGUGCAUAUAAGAAGAAAUAGAUGAUCAUGAUAAAUCCGUUGCU